GGUUUUCAGGAGGUGUGUGGUAUUUGUGCACAUGUUGCGAUUUUUUUUUAAUUUUAUUUAAUUUUAAGUUGUUGUAAUUCCAGGUUAAUCACCAUGCCGCCAAAGUUUGAUCCUACUGAAGUUAAGUUAGUUUACUUGCGCUGCGUUGGCGGUGAAGUCGGCGCCACAUCUUCCUUGGCCCCUAAAAUCGGUCCCUUGGGUUUGUCACCAAAGAAAGUUGGUGAUGACAUCGCCAAGGCUACCUCUGACUGGAAGGGCUUGAAAAUCACAGUAUGCUUAACCAUCCAAAACAGACAGGCCACCAUCUCUGUGGUACCUUCUGCUGCCUCUUUGAUCAUCAAGGCUUUGAAAGAGCCUCCUCGUGACAGGAAGAAGCAAAAGAACAUUAAGCACUCUGGUAACAUUACCUUCGAUGACAUCCUUUCCAUUGCACGCACCAUGAGACCCAGAUCAAUGGCCCGCGGAUUAGAUGGAACAUGCAAAGAAAUUUUGGGUACAGCCCAAAGUGUUGGUUGCACCGUUGACGGUCGCCCACCACACGACAUCAUUGAUGACAUUAACAGUGGUGCUUUUGAAGUUCCAUCAGAAUAGAUUAAUAUUUGCCGUUGCAUUGUUUAUAA